AAUUUCUCAUACGUUUUAUUUUAGGUUAUGUUAUUAUUCGGCCAAUAAUAAUGUUCUCAAAUAUAAUACCACAAUUAAGAAACACUUCGUUAAUUCUAAGAAAAUGUUCGACAAUUCCUAAAUCAACUGAAAUAUCAAAACUAUCCUCAAUAAUACCGAUUAAUUACGCGAAACCUCGACAAGUGUGGUUAGAAAGUUUAGAAACGAUAGAUGACAAGAAAUUGGGUAUAAUCGAGCUUCAUCCGGAGAUUUUUGCGUGUAAUCCCCGUAUAGAUAUAAUCCAUCAAAACGUUAGGUGGCAACGUCUAUAUAGAUUCGUAAGUUAUGCUCACACAAAAGUACGUUCGGAGGUUAGAGGCGGCGGUAGGAAACCGUGGCCACAAAAAGGAAUGGGAAAAGCGAGACAUGGCUCAAUUCGAAGCCCUUUGUUCAAAGGGGGUGGUGUUAUACAUGGGCCAAGAUCACCAACACCCCACUUUUAUAUGUUACCUUUCUACACAAGAUUACACGGAUUGACAAGUACUUUAUCAAUAAAAUUGGCUCAAGACGAUUUGCAUGUUGUCGAGAAUUUGGAUUUACCUAGUGAUGAACCAAAGUUUAUAGAAGAAUUAGUUAAAAGCCGUAAUUGGGGUUUAUCUGUUUUAUUUGUUGAUGUGAGUGAUAUAAUGCCAAGGAAUAUUACAGCAGCCACUGAUACAAUUAAACAUUUUAAUUUAAUGCCGGUUUAUGGUUUAAAUGUUUAUAGCAUGUUAAAAUAUGAUACUUUAGUUUUAACAAAAGCUGCUGUGGAACAUAUUGAGUUGAAAUUAUUGACUCAUUUACAUAAGAAUGAUACAAAAAGUGUUUUGGAUAAAUAUAAAGUUGGUCAAGUUUAAUUAAUAAAAAGAUUGGUUUGAAAAAGUAAA